AUGCCUCGGGGCCCGGAGGUCCCGGUGCAGGUGUGGGUGGACAGCCAGCUCUUCCAGGCAGACCAGGCCUUGCUGGUGGAGCAUUGCGGUUUCUUCCGGGGCCUUUUCCGCUCCGGCAUGCUAGAGACGCGCGCGGCCGAAGUGCGCCUGGGCGCCCUGAGCGCAGGCGGGUUCCGCACCACGCUGCAGGUGCUACGCGGAGAACGACCCGCGCUGACCGCGGCCGACGAGCUGCUGCAGGCGGUGGAGUGCGCCGCCUUCCUGCAGGCGCCAGCGCUGGCGCGCUUCCUGGAGCACAGCAUCACGUCGGACAACUGCGCGUUGCUGUGCGACGCAGCCGCCGCCUUCGGCCUGCAAGAAGUGUUCCACAGCGCGGCGCUCUUCAUCCGAGACGGCGCGUGCGAGCUGGCGGCCGAGCUGGCGCUGCCCGAGGCCCGCGCCUACGUGGCGGCGCUGCGGCCCAGCAGCUACGUGGCCCUGAGCACUCACACGCCCGCCCCGGGUUUCCUGGAGGACGCGUCGCGUACGAUGUGCUACCUGGACGAGGAGGCGGACGCCUGGCGCACGCUGGCCACGCUGCCCCUGGAGGCCAGCACGCUGCUGGCGGGCGUGGCCACGCUGGGCAACAAGCUCUACAUCGUGGGCGGUGUGCGGGGCGCCAGCAAGGAGGUGGUGGAGCUGGGCUUCUGCUACGACCCCGACGGCGGCACGUGGUGCCAGUUCCCCAGCCCGCACCAGCCGCGCUACGACACGGCCCUGGUCGGCUUCGAUGGCCGCCUCUAUGCCAUUGGCGGCGAGUUCCAGAGGACCCCCAUGAGCUCCGUGGAGUGCUACGACCCGGCCGCAGGCCGCUGGAGCUUCAUGUCUGACCUGCCGCAGCCCGCGGCCGGCUCGCCCUGCGCCCAGGCGUGUGGCCGCCUCUUCGUGUGUCUGUGGCGACCGGCCGACACCACGGCUGUGGUGGAGUACGUGGUGCGGGCGGACACGUGGCUGCCGGUGGCCGAACUGCGGCGUCCGCAGAGCUACGGUCACUGCAUGGUGGCCCACCGCGACAGUCUCUACGUGGUGCGCAACGGACCUUCCGAUGACUUCCUGCACUGCGCCAUCGACUGCCUCAACCUGGCCACCGGCCAGUGGACGGCGCUUCCCGGCCAAUUUGUCAAUAGCAAGGGAGCGCUCUUCACCGCGGUCGUGCGUGGGGACACCGUCUACACCGUCAACCGCAUGUUCACGCUGCUCUAUGCCAUCGAGGGGGGCACUUGGCGGCUGCUCAGGGAGAAGGCCGGCUUCCCACGGCCAGGUUCCUUGCAGACAUUUCUUUUGCGGCUGCCGCCUGGCCCCCAGGGGCCUGUGGCCUCCUCUACUCCAGAGCUGUGA